CACACAUAGAAAAGCAAAAAAAAAAACAUAGACAACCAAACCAAACAUUAUACCACAUAUAUACACACUUUCACAUUCUCUGUUUAUUAACUCCCUUUUCCUGAUAGAUCAAAAAAACAAAUGGAUACAAUCAAAUCCUUUAAAGGUUAUGGCAAAGUUGAUCCAGCAGAAGAACAAGCAUUUCGUCGCAAAACACGCAAACGUCUAACGAUUUUAAUCGUUUCCGUAGUACUAUUAGUGACUGUAAUUAUAGGCGCAGUUGCUGGAACACUCAUACACAAACGCAAUAAUAGCGACAAAGACCAAAAUGUCCCUAAUUCGUCGCAAAUGUCGUCAGCCCAAUCUAUCAAAGCUGUAUGUAGUCAAACUCAAUAUCCUGACUCGUGCUACACAAGUAUAUCCGAACUUAACAAGUCUAAUACAACGGAUCCUGAAGAGUUGUUAAAGCUUUCGUUACAAGCUGUUUUUAAGUCGCUAACGAAUCUAUCGACGUUACCCGAUAGUUUUAUGGAUAUAGCGACUGAUAAAACGGUGAAAAGAGCGUUGGACGUGUGUCGCGAUAUGUUAGAUGAUGCUAUUGAUUAUGUUCGUGACUCCAUGUCUUCAAUGGACGUUAAGUCUGGUGAGAAAAUGCUUAGCGUGACCAAAAUAGAAGAUAUGAAAACUUGGUUAAGUAGUGUGAUCACUAAUCAAGACACGUGUUUGGAUAGUUUGGGUGAAAUGAAUGCAACUUUUUUGGGAGAUUUUGAAUCACAAAUGAAGAAUUUGACCGAGUAUUCUAGUAAUAGUUUGGCUAUUGUUUCCACGAUUUCCGGGAUUUUGGGAAGACUGAAUCUUCCUAUUCAUAGGAAAUUGUUGACGGCUGCUGAGUUUCCUGAUUGGGUUCACCCUAGCGUAAGGCGGUUGCUUCAAGUCAACCGCCCGAAGCCAAAUGUGACUGUGGCUAUUGAUGGAUCUGGAGAUGUGAAAACAAUUAAAGAAGCCAUGGCUAGAGUACCGAAAAAGAGUAAGACCAUGUUUGUGAUUUAUAUCAAGACAGGGAAAUAUUUGGAAAAUGUUGUUUUGGAUAAAUCGUUACACAAUGUUAUGAUCUAUGGUGAUGGCAAGGAUAAGUCGAUUGUUUCCGCUAGCCUAAACUUUGUCGAUGGUACCCCUACGUUCUCGACCGCCACUUUCGCUGUUGCGGGAAAAGGCUUUGUAGCAAUGGACAUGCGGUUUGAGAACACGGCCGGUGCAGCCAAGCACCAAGCGGUAGCAUUUAGGUCUGGUUCGGAUUUUUCAGUUUUUUACAGAUGCUCAUUUGACGCUUUCCAAGAUACCCUUUACCCACAUUCCAACCGUCAGUUUUAUCGUGAUUGUGAUGUCACCGGAACCAUUGAUUUUAUUUUUGGAAACGCGGCUGUGGUAUUUCAAAACUGCAAGAUUAUGCCACGUCAGCCUUUAUCGAACCAGUUUGUGACCAUAACGGCUCAAGGGAAAAAAGACAUAAACCAAAACACGGGUAUAUCCAUACAGAAAUGUGACAUUGCCGCAUUUGAUAGGUUAACGGCCCCUACAUACCUUGGUAGGCCAUGGAAAGAAUUUUCCACAACAGUUAUCAUGCAAUCCACUAUUGGAGGAUUUUUGAACCCAUUAGGCUGGAUUUCAUGGGUCCAAGGAGUUGACCCACCUAAAUCCAUAUUCUAUGGUGAGUACCGUAAUAUUGGCGUUGGUGCUGCUGUCGAUAAACGGGUCAGAUGGACUGGGUAUAGGCCCAGUCUAACUAAUGCGGAUGCUAGCAAGUUUACUGUAGGGUCAUUCAUUGAAGGCCCAAUGUGGCUACCACAAAAAAAUGUUGCAUUUGACUCAACUUUAUGAUCAUCGUAUACUCAUAUUUGUUUAAUGGAUGUUUCCAAAUCUUUUUUUUUUUUUUCCUACCAUAGUUUGUUAUACAUCAUCUUCUAACACGGUCUCCAUUAUUGUAAUAUUGUUAUACUUGUCAGAAAUUUGUACCUGCUUAACCAAAAUAUAUGAUGUUUAUUAUGUUCAA